GGAGUCUGAGGAUACAAGUCCACAGAGAAGUCCUCCAAGAAGCCCACAAGAACCAGAGGAACCAGACCAGAACUCCAUUAAAGACCGCAGUCCAGGAUGAAGGUGCCGCUGCUCAUUGCUCUGCUCUUCACCGCAGUCCUCUGUCGACCGGCGAGGAAGGUUUCUCUGAGCAGUUCGGAGAGCUCUGAGGAGGUGGCAAGACGUCCCACUUCUGCGCUCCAAAGACAGUCCCAGUCCACCUCUGUACAACACGUGUCCGUGUCCAGCAACUCUGAUGACAGCAGUGAAGCCUCCGAGGAACAGGUAGCUGCAGAUGUUUCGCUGCAGCUGAAGUCUGCCUCUCUGUCCGACUCUGUGUCCGACUCUGUGUCCGACUCUGUGUCGGCCACAGCCUCGGCCUCCACACAGAGCCCGGACAGUGAGGACAGCGAUGAUGAUGACGAUGAGGAGGAAGAUGAUGAUGACACAGAGGAAACUGAGGAGUCAGAGAGCUCUGAGUCUGGUGAAGCCUCCACCGUGUCCACAGCUACAGUGUCCCCGGUGAUUGUAACCGAUGAUGUUACCACAACAACCAUUGUGGAAGAGAUGACCCCUGACCCCAUCAACCCCACCAUUGUCACGGACGACACCGCAGACUCAGGGCGCGGGGACAGCCUGGGCUCGUAUCCCAGCGAGUACAAGACCAUUGUGUAUGUGGAGGACAAGUCCUACCACAAACUGCCUGAACCACACAAGUCCUGGGACUACACCAGCAAGAAGAGCGCCUAUGAGCCCAACUACGACAACGAGGUGCACAAGGCCUUCAAGGUGUACAAGGGUGUGCAAGUUCAUCAGGAGCUGCUGGAGGAGGACACCAGCACCCCGGAGGUGGAGAGCCAGGACCUGAGCCCCAGACAAGCCUCUCUGGACAUGGAGGGCAGCCCCAGCCAGAGCAGCAGCAGCGACAGCACCAGUGGCAGCACCAGUGACAGCACCAGUGACAGCUCCGGCACCGCUGAGGAGGAGGACGCCCAGGCAAAAGCAGACAGCAUCAGCUCUGCUAGUACCCACGAGGAGAGCACCAGCACCCACGAAGAGAGCGCCAGUGCCAGCGAGGAGAGCCCGGAGGGGGAGAGCCUGAGCCAGAGCAGUGAGGAGGCCACAGCUACACCAGGCGCCGCCGACAGCCAAUCAGACGAGAGCGAUGAGAGCCAGUCAGAGGAGGACACACAGCAGCCCGAGCUCACCACUGACCUGCCAGUGGUCAUCACCGCCAAAUAAGCCCCGCCCACAUGGACAAUAUCCCAAAGGACUCACUUACAGCAAUGAGCUCAUCAGAAGUCUGUAUGCAUCAUGUCUUAUUUAUUUGAAGAACACUAUCUGUGUAAUAGAACCACACGUGUGCCUGAAGGAGCUAUGGCCCUGGGUGGACCAAACUCAUGGAGGAAUUCAGGUAACUUCAGGUACAACAGAGAGUACAUGCAAAACAGAUUUUUCUAUAGAGGAUUAUUUGUUUCAUCAGAUUUUGAAUUUUAAAUGUUGUUGAAUUUCUCACUUGGACAUUUUUACUCUUCAAAAAACAUGUUUGGUCUUUUUUGAUGGGCUUGGAAAUAGAUUUAGCUGAAUAAUAUUAAAGGUGAUCAUUUUUUAGAUAGAAUUUUUAAACACAUUGAAAAUGUAUACUUAAAAUUCAUCAAUUUAAAUUCAGAAUAAUAAUAUGUUUUUUUAGCGUUAUAAACUUCAAUGGCAUUUAAAAUUCUAAAUCUGAUGAUACAAAUUAUCUUCCAUUCCUCCUCUAAAAGCAAAAAAUAAAAUUAAAAAAAAAAAAAAAAAAACAGAGACGUAAUUCUGAUGCAGAAAUUUGCUUUGAAAAAUAAUUUGUAAAGAUGUUUUCUUGUGUUAAAUGUUAUUCCUUUAUGCACUUAUUUCCUUUUGGCACUCAGAUAUAUUUGAUAAAUAUUUGCAUAUAUUUGCUGUUCUACUCUCACAUAUGCAGGAAACAACUCAGCAACUCGGGUGUGUUAGUUUUAGUGUAGCUCCUCCCUUCAGACAGAUAUAAAGCGGUGACUUAACAAACGAAGAGCGACCAAACAUAUUCAGUUGCUCUUUUCCUAACAUGCUCUUAAAGCGGGACUAAACACCUAAACUCAUCCCACAACCACAUUCCCAACUGAGCUGCUAAACUGGACCGUACCUGGAGGAGUAAAGGGAAGAAUGAGGGGGAGGAGGAGCAGGUCUGGAGGGUUUUUGGAACAUUUCAAAUUCUAACCCUGCAGCCAGAAACACCUGACUGUAGUCACUGUCACACCACUGUCAGAACACACAAAUGUCCACAGGCCUCCACCUGAAGCACUGUUUUAAGGUCAGUGUAAAAAUACAUAAUAAAGUAUUUAAGAACAUCUCUGUCAUUAAUUUCACAUGAAACCAUCACUGAUUCCAAGUCCUUCUCUGGCACAACAAAUCAUUUCAAACAGAUUAGUUAUUUGAAGCUGUGGGCUCACUCACUCAUUCAAGCCUGAUGCUGUUACUGCUAACACUAUUAGGCAAAGAUCUAGAACAAUAUGAGUGGUUGCAAUUUUUGUUUUUCUUUUGGAGCUUUCCACCAUAUUCUAAUGUUGUUCCUCAUCCAAAACAUGCCUGGAGAGGUUUUAGAUGUCAUUCUUGUAUGCUACCAGACCUACGUCACACAGGCUCCCACACAGCUAUUCUCCAUAAACAGACAAAAACAAGACACAAAAGUACAAAAAGUACACAGCAACUGGACAAACCUGAUGUGGAGAGCAUCAUGGAGAGCACAGUGAUUGUGUUGUGCUAAGAAGGGGGAGUGACUUUACUUCAGGAAUAAAACACAUUUUUCUGUGUGAAUAUAGUAUUUUCAAAACAAUAAAAGGUAGCAUGGCUUUCUAAAUAUGUUAUGUGUUACAGUUAAUAUCCCAUAGAAGUCAAGUAGUAAACACAUGAUUUUGAGCACAUUUACACAUUGUGUGUGUACUUGGAAGUGUCACAGCAGACUCCCUCUCUCCUGCACCUGCUGUAGUCACAUGCUUUGUGUGUGAUUGCUUAAAAGCCGUUGGGAUGCGAGGCGAAGUGUAUUCAUAUGUCCAACUGAUUGAAUGUAACCCUUUUUCGAUGGACUAUGUUUUAUUUUAUCAUAUUAUUAUUCAUAAUAAAUGCUCUUAAAGGAA